UCGAGCACACGUGAACUAUACCUAAAUGCCGUGCCUGGCCGCGAGUCGCGUGGCGUAGCCAAGCAACGAGCAUGCCAUGACCGUCGACGCCGAUAGUCUCCGAUGGAACCGUACUAAGGACGGACCGGACGCACCAGGACCUACCCGAACAGGGUCUCGACUCCCGGUGCGCGACGUCGUGCCGUCGUGGUCGUCGUGCUGAUUCAACUUGGAGCGAAUGGACACCGGCCAGGAUCGCCGUCAUCGAUCGCCAGGAGAGACCGUAUCGCAGGUGUUCGCUGAGCGACCGAUCGACCGGGCUCUUUCGUGCACUCAGGGAAAGAUCGUGAUAAGGAAACUGUAGACGAGUUCUGACAGAGAACAAGGCGGCUAUCGGCCCAAAUUCAACGUGUCGGAGAAACGAUGACGUGCGCGUCUCACGCGCGAGUAAACCUGCCACCGGAAAUCCAUAAAGUCGUGCGAUCGCGGGGGAGUUCCUCUUCAUACUACACAUCGGAGGUCCAAUUCGGCCGCAAAGAUCCCCCCGAGCGAUCUAGUCGAUCGUAAUGCAAAAUCGAUCGUGCUCGGGGGGAGGCUAAAGGGAUGCAUCCGGCAGAUUUUUUCAACGAGAGGAGUUUCCGGAAACAAUAGACUCUUCUCGAGACAAUCAGCGAUCUCGAAGUAGAAAUCGCGAUUACCUUGCUCUCGAUCUUGAAGACUAUCGCGACUGAUAAAAAUCAGCACACACGCGAGGCAUAUUAUUAUAUAAUAUCAAUCUCGAUCGAGAUCUCUUUCUGCUUAACGAAGCGGAAAGAGAAUUACGCAGCUCUAGAAAGAGGAGGAAGAGGAUAAUUAAUUUCAGCGACGCUAAUUAGCCAGCUAUUCGAUGUUAUUUGCGAGGAACGGGAAGAGACGCGGAUUAGGAUCGUGCUUAUCGGAUCGACGAUAAAGGACGGGAUAAAAUGCAGAAGAUAGCGGUGAUGGCCGCGAUGCAAAAGGCCCAUGCCUCUCAUAACGGCAGCAACAUUUAUGGGGAUGCGAAUAAUAACGCCGUGCCGGAUUCCAACGGCUCGUCGUCGACCAGCAAAAGCGGUCGCUUCGAUGCGGAUCUGCACGGCAACGUUAACAUUCUUCUUGGUUGCGCCAUGAUCAGCGGUGUGAUCAUGAUGGUGGUGCUCAUAUGCUACUGCUGUCACAAGAACGUCCGGAAGCAUCGACCGCAAGAGUACUCGCAGUACUGGAGGGCCGAACCAGACAUUCAUAGUCUAGAAGUGUUCACCAUGGACACACAUGCUAUGCAGUGCCUCGAGAGAUCGGCGGGGACUCAGGCCCAUCAGGAAGAAGGAGUGCCCACGUCUCUUCCGGCGUGUCCCGUGACCUCGGGCCCACCGCCGGCUUACGAGAGCCUCAUCUUCGACCCUCGGGCACUGCCCUCGCCUACGGACAAGAAAGACGAGUCCGACGAUCCCGGUAGCAUCAUCUCGCCCCCGGUUAGCAGCCUGCCCAGCGAAUCGGAGGCUAAUAGGAUCAACAAGCGAGAAGAUGUCCCGAGGGACGAUCAGGGUUUGCCUUCCUACGAGGCCGCCCUCAAAUUAGAAGCCGACGGCUAUGUUUAAGGUCUGGACGAGGAUCGGAAACUUGCCUCAAACUGCGGAUCUUGAAUCGCGAAUUUUUAGAAAGCGCCCCCGAGUCGUGGAUUUCAUCGGAUAUGAAACUUCGUGAUCGGGACGUGGGCGACUCUGUGAUUGGCUGUGAACGAUGACUGGAGGCAGCUGAAGUCAACAUUCACGCGAAAAUAUUUGUAAGACUUGCUAUUCCGAACCGGAACAGAAACCUGAGAUUGGAUUCUUAAUAAAAAAAAUGAACGAAGAGAUGAGCUUAUUUUUCGAGCUCGAUUUGCCAUCCAAAAAUAAGAUACAAGAGAAACUUGGGAAAAUACUGAGAGAAAUCAUUUAUCUCUAUGCUUGAAUUUAAGAUGCAUAAAAAAAAUACAGAAUGAUUUUAAUCCAAAAGGUGAAAGAAGAAAAAUAGGUAUAGCGAGAUUUAUUUUUGAAACCCAGUUAUAUAGAUAGAUAGUAUAUAGAUUUUUUUUAUAUAGAAAAUUCUAUAUUAAGAACAUUCUAAAAAAAUAGAAAUGUUUUUUUCUCGAAUCUUUUAUAGAAGGAUUUUCUAAUAAUUCUUCGUAAAAAUAAUAAAUUACAAAAAAAUAAGUGCCUAAAUUCGUUCUUUUUCGGAGAACGUAAAUAAAAGAUAAGAUAAAAGAAAAACGUUGAGCAAUUUUUCAAAAGUAUGCAGUGUUUUUUUUUUACUUUUAAUUAAGUAAAACGACACGUAAAACUUUCGCGUGAUUUUCGACCGAUAAAAUAUAAUAAAAAAAAAUGUUUCGUAAAAAAUGCAAUAUUUCGACUUUUCUAUUUUUCGAUGAUCUCUAUGAUUAAACGUAUCGAUAAAAUUUUAAAUGUAAAUUGUAUAUGUCGUAGGACUAUGUAUAUUCAAUUUUAAAUAUAGAAUGCGCCGUAAAUGAAUAUAGACAAGCACGUAAUAAAGAUAUAUGUCAGUAUAUAUAUGUAUAUGAAAAAAAAAAACGGUAUUGUACGUGCAUACAAGUUGUAUAGUCAGCGAAGAGAAAGACCUAAUUUCACAGGUAAUUACAUUUUAUAGGUACUAAGGAGGAGAAUUCUUAACGGCAUAUUUUUCUCUCGUCGGUCAUUAGUUUAAGAGAGCAACGGGAGAGAGCAUACACAAAACGCGACACCGUUAUAUAGCUUAGUAUGAGUUUCCGUUUGAAUAAACAAUGUACAAUCGUGAUAACGUAAAUGAUAUCCAUUUCGCAAAAUGGCGCACGACAUCCCGGAAUUUAUGUGCAUUUCGUUGAGAGACUGUUCCAAAGCCAUACCAUUUUACAUGUAACUUUUCUCCGUAUAUGAUAGGUGAAUAUGUAAAUGAAGAGCCUGUGCAUUAUGUACAUUCGAUAUGCAUUUUCAAGCGUGCCGCGGCAUACAACAAUCGCGCAAUGAUGAUUUAUUAUUAUAUGUAUGCCGAAUAUUAUGCAGCGAGCAUCAUCGAUAAAAUUAUAUCUGUCACGAGCGAAGUGACACUAAUUUGAUUCAUUUACAUUAAUAUAAGAUAUUAUUGCGCACUGUAUGAAUUUGCAAAUUGACAAUUAUGAUUUUUUUGCAAUUUCUAUCUCUCAAUUACAACUGCAAUAAUAAUUAGUGCAAUGUGUUGUUAAAGAACGUCGAUAAUCUUGUGUAAAUAAUAAUCGCUAUAUACAUUUCUCUCUCGCUUUGUAUAUAUAUUAUUAAAUUUCAACAGUUUAAACACACAGUCGAA